GCUCGGGGCGGGACGUCCGGGGCGGGCUUUGGGUCCCGGUGCUGAAGGGUCCGGCCCGGCCCAGGUCGGAACAAAGCGGCGGCGGCGCGGUGGGCCCGGGAUGGCGGCGUGGCCGGCCCGGUUCCGCCUCUGGCUGCUCCUGCAUCUGCUGCCGCAGGUGUACUGUGAGUAUGGGAUGGUACAUGUCCUUUCAGAGAAGGGGAGCAGCAAAGGAAAAGAUUACUGUAUUCUCUUCAACUCUCAGUGGGCCCAUUUGCCACAUGAUCUGGGUAAAGCUUCACUCUUGCAACUGCAGGAUCAGACAGCAUCUGUUUUGUGUUCUCCUUCUGAUGUACCUGAUGGGGGAUUUAAUAAUCAAAUCCCCAUGGUGAUGMGAGGAAAUUGCACCUUCUAUGAGAAAGUGAGGCUUGCUCAGAUAAAUGGAGCUCGUGGGCUGCUGAUUGUUAGUCGAGAGAGACUGGUUCCUCCUGGAGGUAAUAGGAGUCAGUAUGAAGAGAUUGAUAUUCCUGUGGCUCUGCUCAGCUAUACUGAUAUGUUGGAUAUUGGCAAGAGUUUUGGCAGCUCAGUGAAAGGAGCAAUGUAUGCACCAAAYGAGCCCGUGCUGGAUUACAACAUGGUGAUUAUCUUUGUCAUGGCUGUGGGGACUGUUGCAAUUGGAGGCUACUGGGCAGGAAGCAGAGAUGUGAAAAAGAGGUACAUGAAGCACAAGCGUGAUGAUGGGGCAGAGAAACAUGAUGAUGAAACAGUGGAUGUGACUCCCAUAAUGAUCUGUGUGUUUGUAGUGAUGUGCUGCUCAAUGCUCGUCCUCCUUUAUUUCUUCUAUGACCACUUAGUCUAUGUUAUCAUAGGAAUAUUCUGCCUGGCUGCCUCAAUUGGUCUUUACAGUUGCCUGUCUCCCUUUGUAAGAAGAUUCCCCUUUGGAAAGUGUAGAAUCCCAGACAACAAUUUGCCUUAUUUUCACAAACGUCCCCARGUCCGGAUGUUGCUCUUGGCAGUAUUUUGUAUUUCUGUCAGUGUAGUCUGGGGAAUUUUCAGAAAUGAAGAUCAGUGGGCCUGGGUUCUGCAAGAUGCUUUAGGAAUUGCUUUCUGUCUUUACAUGUUGAAAACAAUUCGCCUGCCUACAUUUAAGGGUUGUACCUUACUCCUCCUGGUUCUUUUUGUGUAUGAUGUAUUCUUUGUAUUUAUUACACCUUUUUUAACAAAGACUGGGGAGAGUAUAAUGGUGGAGGUGGCUGCAGGCCCAUCUGAUUCUGCCACUCAUGAAAAGCUCCCAAUGGUCCUGAAGGUUCCACGACUGAAUUCCUCACCAUUGGCACUAUGUGACAGGCCUUUUUCUCUCCUAGGAUUUGGAGACAUUUUAGUUCCAGGCUUACUGGUAGCCUAUUGCCAUAGAUUUGAUAUUCAGGUGCAGUCAUCCAGAGUCUAUUUUGUAGCCUGCACAAUAGCAUAUGGCAUAGGCCUUCUUGUGACCUUUGUUGCCUUGGCACUGAUGCAGAUGGGCCAGCCUGCUCUCCUCUACUUGGUGCCCUGCACUCUCCUCACCAGCUUCACCGUGGCCCUUUGGAGAAGGGAGCUUGCCAUGUUCUGGACGGGCAGCGGAUUUGCGAAAGACCUACCUCAGCCUCCUGUGGUGAUAGCUCCUAUCAACUGCCCUCAGCCUCCCAAAGACAGCAGUGUACCAGCUUCUCAACCAGAGCCAGAGCAAAUGACCAAUCCCACGCUSCACGUGGAGGAGCUGCACAGCUCUGCCUCUGCUGAAGAGGAGCUGGCUGACAGCAGUGCAAAGGCAGAGCAGUCAGAAAUCUCCAUUGCCCAGAGUGAGGAACCAACUGCUCAGAAUAAAGAUGACCUUGAAAGCAAAUGCCUAAAUGCAGAACAAAACCAGCCAGAAUAAGUGAUGUGAUAAGAACUCCAUACUUUCCCUCACAAACAUAUUUAUAUAAAACCAGUAUGUAUUUAGGACUGGCUURGUAGGGUUUGCUUUCAUUGAAGAACCUCACUGGGAGUCUGAUCAUCAAAUCCAGCAAGGAAUGUUCUGUGUCCAGCUUUGGUACAGCUAUACACUUCAAACAUCUUUUGAAAUAUGGUGCUCUCCAGGAGUUCUGAUGUGUGGGUUUCAAUUUUAGUGAAUGCCUUUGACCAUUUGUUCAUUUGCAUUAUAGCAGGGUAGCAUUAAGAGUCUUUAUUUACUCAGUACUCUGUGCUUGUGUGACUGUUUCACUGCUUUAUCAUGGUGUAGGUUAACAUGGAGGAAAAGCAUUGAAUGAGUCUGCUACAAUGCUUACUUGUGAGAAACAUGGUCUUUUUUUUUUGGCACUUUCCCUGUUGUCACCUUUUAUUUUACUUCUCCUGACUUGUCAAAGCUGUUGAUAUAAGGGAAUGUGUUAUUAUAAACUGACAUUCAGGAAAUGCAGAGAAUGGUUAAAUURCCAUUACUCCAAGAGGAUUUAUACUACCGUGGUGCAUUAAAUGCAUCUCUUUUUUGUCUUUGUUUUCAYUUCUAGGUACCUGGGCUACUAGUCUAGUUUAAAAGGCAGGAUGAGUAGAGCUCCAGGAAGCUUUCAUAGGYGUUCAUGUAAACUCCAAGGGCUGUCUCUGAUAAUAACACAGGUUGGUCACAAAAUGCUGCCUGGAAGCARAUGCAUAUUAAGAAUGUUUAGAAAUAAAAUACAAGCCAAAUAGGUAAAAAAAA